AUGCCUUACGACGAAGAUGUCCACGAGGCUGUCCGAAAUGCGCAACCGACACAACUGCCUCCUCAUCGGUCGCACGACCCCUCGAACAACAUGAAGCGUUCGGACCCUUUUAAAUUCGGUUCGCGGUACCUCGAGCAGGGCGACGAUGUCUUCGAGUUCAACGCUUGGGACCAUGUCGAACCGGAUGACGACUUCAAAGCCUUUGCCGAGACCCAGUACGAGAAGCAGCGCGCGGCGCCCGUAUCAGAAUUCGACCAGAAACGCUUCAAUGGCGACCCCGCCAAGUGGUGGAACAACUUUUACAAGAACAACACUGCCAAUUUCUUCAAGGACCGCAAGUGGCUGCGCCAGGAGUUUCCAAUCCUUGCCGAUGUGACACAGAAGGAGGCGGGCCCCAAAGUCGUUCUCGAGGUCGGCGCAGGCGCUGGUAACACUGCGUUCCCUUUGAUCAGGAACAAUGAGAAUGAACAUUUGAUGGUGCAUGCCUGCGACUUUUCGAAGUACGCAGUUCAGGUGAUGCGCGAGAGCGAGGAAUACAAUGCCAAAUACAUGGUCGCCGAUGUUUGGGAUGUCGCCGCGGAGCCCACCGAGACCGAGGACUCCUUGCCACCCGGCCUUGCCGAGGGCUCUGUCGACGUGGUGGUGCUCAUUUUUAUUUUCUCUGCCCUCUCCCCAAACCAAUGGGAUCGUGCACUUCGCAACAUCUGGCGGGUUUUGAAGCCCGGCGGUUGUGUUCUUUUCCGUGACUAUGGCCGUGGAGAUCUUGCGCAGGUGCGCUUCAAGAAGGGCCGGUACAUGGCUGAGAACUUUUAUAUUCGUGGCGAUGGUACCCGCGUGUACUUCUUCGAUAUGGACGAGCUGAGGCAGAUGUGGAGUCGUUGGAGUCCGGAGAAGGGCUUGCAGAUUGACCUCGAAACCGAUUCUGAGUCUAGGCCUACUGAGCCUGACGCUCCCUUCCAGGUCGAACACUUGGGUGUUGACCGCAGACUUAUCGUCAACCGCCAGACCAAGUUGAAGAUGUACCGCUGCUGGAUGCAGGGUAAUUUCCGAAAGCGUGACGAUGCUGCCACUGCGGAUCCCGCUAUUCAGACUGGCGAGUGA